CGUCGCGACGCUGCCGUCGAAGGGACGUGGGAGAUGUUAAACGUUAGCACCUGUAGGCAGCAUCCGCUCUUAUCCGGUCGGAAACGAAAAUUAAAAUAUAUAAUUACUGCGUCUUAUAGUAAUUUCCGAUUCGAUCAAAGUUUGAACGAAUUAAGCCAAAAAAAUUGUACGACGACGAACUACUAUUCUUCUAGCUUCUAGAUUAAUCUAGAAUAUAUUGUGAAGAGAUCUUAUAGAAUAAUGGCAUCAUAGAGAUGCCAUCAGAUAUAAGAAAGUGUGUCAAGAGAACGAUUUCAGAAACUUCGGAGAGUCUUGAACGCAACCGAUAUCAGGAUGACACGCGUUAUUAAACCGUCAUUGCAUCAUUUCCGGAUCACGGAACUCGCUGGGAUGAUAGAAUAAUUGAAGACGUUCAACCUGUUUUUUUUCGCGUAGGCGGCCCUUUUCUUUCAAAUGCUGUGGAAAAGGAUAGCGCGAAGGAAGAGAGAAUAUUUUAUUCGUCCUUCGAUCGACGUUAAAUUACUAACGAAGCCGCGGAUUGCCGAAGGAAAUCGAAAGAGAUAUGCGUUGAGCAAGUGGGAAGGGACAUCUCCUUCGCCGAAGCAAAUAUCACGACGAGAACAUCCCUUAGUAAUUUUCUCCCGUUCCUCGUGAAUGACUCUAUUACGCGAAGGGAAAAGAAUGAUUGUUUUGAUGUAGUCUUAUUUGAAAAGUGAAGAGAGAAUUUUAUUAAAUGUAAGGGCAAAAAUAUAUAUAAUAAAAUACACUAUAAAAUAAAAUAAUGUAAUUUCAUAUAAAUGAAAUUAAAUAUAAGAAUAAAUAUUAUGGGAGUGCAAGUAUGUUGAUAGUGUACGUACAUUUUUAUGUGAAAAUUGUGCAAAACGUAUUUAAAUAUGUGAAAGUAAUCGCGAGGAAAGUGCAUUUAUCUGUUUAGUGAAAAAGUGAUAUGAUCAAUCUAAUACAAUUUUCUGCAGCAGACGAUAACUUGAUAAAAAAUACCAUUUCGAAGAAUCAGUUUUGAGCGAAAAGAUAAAAAAUAGGAAAGACAGCAUCAACUUGUAUUGUAGAAAAGAAACGUUUAUAUGUUCGCCGUUGGUUGGUGAUAAAUCGAUAGCAACAGUCGAUUGGUUCCUAAAGGGGUGAAAGAUCCCUUUCACGGAUGCAAUAUCUUUUAUGACAGUUGUAUCGAUAGGUCAAAUAAUUCCGCUCUAAAAGCUUGCCAACAUUCUUCCGGCUAUUUAUACAUGUGCUCAAAUAAAAUUCAUAGAUAUGUGAAAUAGCGAACGGGGCAAAAAGGGAGCAAAGUGACACGAGUCGUUAAUAUGUCUGAUAAAUUUAUACGCGGGGCAAGUAGUGUAAGCGCGCCUGAUGAGUAAUCUGACAUAAACACUUCAAGAUCCUUAUCUACUCACGUAGAUCGCAUACGAUAUACAGAAAGUCGAGCCACGGCACAUAUUCGUGUUCCUUUCAGACGGCGAAGAUUAAAUAGAGGAUCGAAUUUAAAUGCAACCGGAAGAUCGAUACGUUCCUCGGAUAUUCAUCCUUCGAGAAUGUCGAACGACUAUUUCUCCUCGUGACAGAUUCCCUCUCGCUCUCGAGGGUGAUUAGAUAACUAGAGAGGAUUAUUCAGUAGAAAAUCAUCGCAAAUUGAAUUGGCGUAGGCACAUUUAAGUGUUUAAGUGUUUAAAUGUUUCGUUCGCACGCCGGAGGCUAAAAAUCACAGAGCACCGCAAAUCCACUGCAAAGAUGUCGAGCUCGCCGCGAGUACGAAAAAUACCGCCCAGGCCAAAGAUCAUACUACCGAUUCCGGGACAAUACUAUCCGCAGACAGCGACCGGUAUGGGCUAUGUGUCGACGCCGUACGGACAAACUCCGAUGCCCAUGACGCCGAUGCCCAUGACGCCGAUGCCCAUGACGCCAGUUUCCGGUCAACCGCAGGUGAUCUACGCUAACCGGGCCAGUGAAUUCGUCUUCACGCAAUUCAAGGGGAUCAAGGAUCUGACCAAGUCUGGACUCAGCGUGGGAGAGAAAAGUGCCUUUUGGCUUUACGAGAAGGUCAGUUCUUGGAGCAAAAGAUGGUUCACACAUAUUUUUUUAUUCGUUAUUGUGCUUCUAUACAGCAUCGCUGGAGCGAUGAUCUUCGUAACGGUUGAGGGCACAAACGAGGAAUCUGGUCGCUUCAAUAUCCGGAAAAGGAGAAACGAUACGCUCGAGAUGAUCCGCGGAUUUUGCGACGACUCGGUUUUGGCAUCAGAUUUAAAUCGUUGGAAAGGACGAGCGGCAGACGAGCUAAUGGAAUACGAAAAUGAUCUGUAUGAGUUUUUCAAACGAGGCUUGACGGACCGCGGUCAAAAACUGUGGACAUUCUGGAACGCCGUGUUUUACUGUGGCACAAUUUACACGACCAUCGGUGAGUCAGACCACCCACACCACGAUUCCGGUGGUGCAGCGCAAACGUCGGGCGGGUUGCGGUGGAUGCAGGCGCGGCGUCGCGACGCCAAAGCGACGAAUUUCGCGUUGCGCACGGCGCCGUCGCUCGAUAUCCGCUGCGGCACAAGCCGGUCAUCCGGUUCCGCUGCCGCUGGUAGCGGCAAACAUCGCGAGCGUCGCGGUGCCGAGGUGGUGGUGGUGGUGGUGGUGUUGAUGGCAGUGGUGGGAGCAGCCUCCGUUUUAUUUCUGUCCCGGUUUCGUCGGGGCCGGUCUCGCGAGCGUGUCGAGUACGUUUUCCUUCGCGAAAAUCUCUCUCGCGUACACGAAGAACGUCAACGACAACUACGAAGAUUCGCAAUGGAGGAUAGUUACAUGGUACAUAGACGUCGCAAGGCGGCCGCCAGAAAGCGCGAGAAGACGCCCGAUCCCUCGUCGAGGGGUGCCGCGUCGCGCAUGGACACUUCGGAUGACGAGGACGAGGAGAGGCGCACCAGAAUGGAGAGAAUGGCCGAGGAGGCUGAGAAAAUGGAUCAGCAGCAGAAGGAAAACAGAUUGGCGCAGCAGCGACAAGAGGAGACUGCGAAGGGACCAGAGAACCGAGACAAAAAUAGGGAUGUUCACCAGGAGCAGCGUCCUGUCCGAAGAAAGGACAGAACUGACGCGAGGAAAUCUGCGAACGUAGAUGACAUGAUCGCUAUACGUGCCGAAGUGGCCGCCAAAUCAACGGCGGCUGAGAAUAAUUCUGGGAAAACUGACGUCGCAGCGACUGAUGACAACACGCGGUUGAUAAAGCAGACUACCGAAGCAAUAAACAAGUUUGACGACGAGAGUACCACGAAGAGAGAUGUCAUCAAAGCCGAAAUUGAUCAAGUGGUCAAGGAAAACCUGAUCGCCCAGGAAAUGUUGGAGACACCGAAGGAAACGAAUGGCGAGACCGUCAAACCUGUCGAAGUUCGCAAAGUCGAAAGACGAUUUAAAAGAAAGUCGAAGGAACGCGUAGAGAGGUAUAGUCGAUCAACGGAUUCUAGCGAUGCGGAUGAGAAGAGCGAGUCGAGUCAAAAGAGGACAAAGUCGCCGGAAGCAGCAAGGCCCAGGGCAAAGAAGACGAGUGGAAAAAGUCGUGUCAGCGAUCCGGAAAUCCAAAAGAGGGAUGCCGAAAGACAGAAUCGAGAGAAGAAAUCAUCGAGUCGACAAAAGCUGGAGGACGAGUCUCGGACGAAAGAUAACGCCGAGAAACCACGUUCGAAAUCUUAUAGUCAGACCGAGGAAACGGACGAGGAUUUGAAGAGCGUCAAGAAGAACGAGAACUCCUCACAGAGACCUGAAGAACGAAUAAUCAAGAAAUCUUCCAUUGAACUGAAGAAGCAGAUUAUCCCGUUGAACAAUGACAGUUUGAUCGAGGACUUCGCAAGGGCUCAGAGAGAAUACUUGUUGAAGGAGCGCAGUAUUCUGGAUCCGGACACUACAGAUGUCUUUCAGGAUGCAGUUGAAACUAGUUUUUUGAGAAGGCGGACGUUCAGUCUGGCGCACACUGAAAGCGAACACAAAGAGAUGCAAGAUGCAACGGAGUCUUCCGAUGCAGCUAAGUCUUCCGAUAAGAAGAAAUCGUGGUUCUCCUGGAUGAUCUUCUGGCGUAGAAAACAAGAGGAUAAUGAUGUCGCGGAGGAGAAGAUUGAGGACGAACCAAAGCCGACUCCGAAAGUUGAAGAAAUUAAAGCGGAAAAGCAAGAAGCUCCGGAAAAAGUUACUCUGUUGGACUUCUUCAGAGCGCUCAAAGAUGUUGUCGGCGAAUUCAAAGUCUUCGUCGAACAAAAUCCACGAGAGACGACGAUCAUCAGACGGCUACGUAAUCGCUGCAUAGCCGGAUUGCUGCUCGUAAUGAUCUAUUGUGGCCUCGGCGGCUUCAUCUUCCGGUUCGUUGAGGGUGCCUUCGAGUCGUUUUACAAAUGCGGCGUGAAGCGUGUGAAGAGGGAUUUUUUGGAUAGUUUAUGGAAUUACAGCCACAAUUUGAGAGAGGAUGACUGGAAGAGCAUGGCGCGUAAGAAACUGAUGGAAUUCGAAGAGCAGCUUCAUACCGCUCAUGAAGCCGGUCUGCACAGUUACAGCGGUCAAAAGAGCUGGAGUUUCUUGAACGCGGUUGCGUACUGUGUCACCGUCAUCACCACCAUCGGAUACGGACAUAUUUCGCCAAGUACAACUGCAGGAAGAGCCAUCACGAUCGUAUACGCUAUUUUCGGUAUUCCGAUGUUUUUAAUUAUCCUGGCCGACUUCGGUAAGUUAUUUACGCGCGGUAUAAAGUUCCUGUGGGCAUUCGUGAGAAGAUUAUACUAUACUGGUAGCUGUCGCAAGGUUCGUCACACUGGGCCUGUUCAGGAAGUCAUGAAGGGCAUGCAACUCGUGUACGAUCUCGCGAAGUUUCGACGGCCGUCACAGAUGAAUCCGGAAGAGAUCGAGGUGAUACAGAGGCAGCAGAUGCAACAACAACAGACGGUCCUCAAUCUGGACGCCAACGCGUCGGACACGCCGGGAACACCGGCAAUGUCAGCAUAUGCCAUCGACGACGAAUUUAAUCUGCCGAUCUCGGUUGCGAUCGUCAUCCUCCUGGCCUACAUCUUCAUAGGAGCUACUCUGUACUACAUGUGGGAGGAGUGGAGUUUCUUCGAAAGUUUCUACUUCGUCUUCAUCUCCAUGAGCACUAUCGGCUUCGGCGAUUACGUGCCAAAGAAUCCCAUAUACAUGAUGUGUUCGAUAGUAUACUUGGUGUUUGGUCUGGCGCUCACGUCCAUGUGCAUCAAUGUCGUACAGGUGAUGCUGUCAGACUCAUUCAAGCAAGCGAGCCAAAAGAUCGGUGCCACGAUUGGCUUCGAGGUCGCCGAGGACGACAACUCGGUGAAACCAGCACCGCCACCGCCGAUCGAGAUCGCGGACGUCCACGUGAGUUUGAAGGAGUCCGAGAGCGACGAAAAGAUCGCGCCCAAGGCCAAACAAGAGGACGUCGAUCUGUAGAUGCAUUUCUUUCUCAGAGAAACUCUUACACAUCCAGAUCGAGUGCUAACUCGUUCGCUCAUUUCUUGAAAUACGCGUGCGUUUUUCCGGUCUAAAAGAAUAAUCGUCUGUUGGCUUAUAUAACGCACGGGAUACACAGUAACUAUUUCAGCACGCACGCAAAAUCAAGCUUUGCGAUUCGGGAAAUCAUCGUCAAACAAUCGUCAUUCAAGGGGCCGUCUUUACAUCUGAGAUCUGUACGAAGUUUGACUAAUUGUAAGACAACUAAUCUUGGAAUGUUUGACGUUUUUCAAGAUUGAAUUUGAGGAUGAAUGUUUCAGUCAGGUCUAAUUAAUAGUUCUACUUAUUUUCAAUAAGCUGAACUACUGUGGAAUUCAAUAUUUUUUUUUGAAGUUCGAUUCUGAGAAUCUUCAAAUUCUUCUGUCGACAUAAAGACGGUUCCACAUUUUGACUGCAUCAGCAGAGAAUUUUUUAAAGCAUUAUACGCUAUUACACAUUCGUCUAUCGUUGAGAUUACGUCGAAUAAACAUGAUCUUCUCAAAUUGUAUAUAUUUCUGAAACGCGCAAAUACCGAUAACAACUUUAUGAAACUGGAGAUCUAAUCGUGCCUCUAUCAAUGCGAUCAACGAGUUGCCUGAAGAGAUGAAACUCUAAAUGAUGAACUCCGAUAGAAAUUUAUCUGUAAAACGAUGUGCAUAAUCCAACGAAAGUAUCGAAACAAAAUUGUCCGAAACGAUACGCACAAAUAUUUAAAUGAUGUCUCGUCAGGCGAAUCUCGUAUACUGAAUUUAUGAUAAUCUUGGAAAGAAGCUUUAAUUACAGAAAAUCACACUAAUGGUAUGAUGGAAUAUCACUUGCUGUCCAUAUUUUACAAUUUGGAUAUGAUUUUAAAAAUAGAAUAAUAAUUCUGCUUUAUAAAAUUUUAUUCUAAAAAAAAAAUUGAGACUUUAAAAAAAAAAUAAUUGUACAAUUGUAGGUUAUAUAUAUAUAUAUAAGAUAAAAAGUUUGUCACGUUUUUAUAUUAUUUAUCAUUAUAUAGUAUUACAUAUUUCACAAUACCAUUGGUAGAUAGAGCAAUUCUUCAAUUUACAGUAAAUAAAAUGUUUGUCAUAUUGCGCGAUAUCUCCAGUAGUAGUAAUUAUUGAUACGAUAAAUUGCGAGAAACUAUUUUUCUUAAGAUACAUACAUCGAACAAGAGAAAUAUCGCCUCUCUGCAGCCGCGCUCUUGCCAAAUAUAUUCGCGGGUCAGAAUAUAUCUCGCGACUUAUUUUUCGUAGUCUAGUGUCUAUUGACAAUAAAUAUAAGGAAAUUCAAGUAUUUUGUAUAUUCUGUAAUUCAUCAUAAUGUGAUUUCCUUCCUGAGUUGACUUUUAUAUGUCAUGCAAAAUAUGAAAUUUGAGAGACGAUCAAUGGCCUAACUCCUUUUUCUGCUAGUUUUAAUUCUUUUUCUGUAAAUUAUUCUACGAUUUUCUCUUCCGUUGGGAUUGAAAGAAAGUUAAUUCUUGAUAAAUUUUUCUUUGUAUAAAAACCAAAUUUAACUUCACAAUUUACGCGGCAGUCGUUAAUCCUUUUGCGAGAUUAACGGAAUCCUAUCUAUAUAAUAUAUAUACAAGAAAUAAAUAAAUGUAAAAAAUUAUAUUAAAAAAUAUGAAUGUGGAAACUUAUUUCAUAAAAUUAAGAUAUUAAAAAAAAAUUAAAUCAAUUUAAUAUCUAGAAAAAUUUAAAGAUCUUGAAAGUAAUCUUUGAUUUUGGAAAUUAGAGAUUCAAGAUUUUAUACAAUAAUUUUCUAUCAUUUUCUCUCUUAUUCUUUUAUAUUUUUUCUAUAAUUUUUCUUAUAAAUGUGUCAUUAUAUGAUAUCAUCGUAUAACAAUAAAGAAAUUAAAGCCUAACGGGAGAGUUCCGAUUUCUGCGAAGACAAAACACUCGUGCCUUUUCAAAAAUAAAAAUAAAUUAGUUGAUGAAUUUUUAUGAUAGAUACGGCAAAGAUUCCUGCAUAUGAUAAGGCUUAAUCCAUAAUCAGUUUUGCUUGGCAGGAAUAUUAAUUUCUUAAUUCUACGUUAAAAGUGGACGGUUUGGUGAUUAUAUGGUGUUUUGAUGAUAUUACUAUUCGUUGAAAAUUCACGUAAAAAUUAAAAGAAUUGAGUGUAUAAAUUUAUCACUGUAAUAAAAUACUUCAUAA